AUGAAGGACGUACUAGGAUCGAACGAAUCUCUCUCUGCUCAGGCCCUUUCUUAUGUCAAGGCCAAUUUCCUUCUUUUAGUGCUCCUCGCAAUCAUCCUUCGAGGCUUGUACAAACGAUAUGCCUCUCCUCUUCGACAUAUUCCCGGGCCUUUCCUUGCAUCAUGCUCCCGACUUUGGAAAGUCUGGAGUACCUACUCUGGUCACACGGAGUUAGAUCAUAUAGCUUUGCACAAGAAAUAUGGACCUGUUGUGCGAACUGCCCCGAAUGAAGUAUCGUUUGGAUCGACGAAUGCCGCGAAGGACAUUUUUACGGUGGGCAAAGGCUUCCACAAGACUAUGUUUUACAGCGUCUUUCCGCCAAAGCAUGCUCCAGACAUCUUCACUGAAGUGCGCGAGUGGAAGCAUGCGCAGAUGAAACGUUACGCAGCGACGCCCUACAGCCUGGCACAAAUGCAGAAGCGCUCCGAGCCAAUCGAGAAUAUGAUCAAGCUUCUAAUAGAGCAUUUGGACAAAUAUGCUGCCGACGAGAAGAAGGUCUGCCAAUUAGGUAAUUUAUUACACUACUUCGCAUUUGAUGUCCUUGGUGAGGUAGCGUUCUCAAGGCAGUUCGGCUUUUUAGAAAGGGAGGUCGAUAUUGAAGGUUCGAUCAAAAAUAUUGACGACGUCCAAUGGUACGAUGGCAUCGUCGGCCACGUUCCAGAGCUGGAUAUAUUCCUCCGGAACAACCCCAUACGACCAUACCUACCGUUUUGGAAGCCUUCACCAACUACUAUGACGAAAAUUGCGGUCGAGGAGCUCGGUAAGCGAAAACAGCCAGAUGGAAGCUAUGAUUCAACCGGUAUCGAUCUUCUCGCCGAGUUGCUGAGGGCGCACGACGCAAACCCUGACAAGUUCAGUGUAAAUGAUGUGUUUAGCAUUGCUCAUGGCGCCGUAUUCGCCGGCUCUGAUUCUACAGCCUCGACCAUGCAAUCUUUCUUCUACCUUGUGCUUAACUCUCCUCGAGUCUACUCCACCUUACAGAAGGAAAUCGAUGACGCUCAAAAGGCCGGGCAGCUAUCGACAGUAGUAAGUUACGCCGAAGCACUGAAGCUCGAGUAUUUCCAAGCUUGUCUCAAGGAAGCUAUGCGGGUCCGUCCGGCAGUCGGAUUGGGGAUCUAUCGUAAGGUGCCACCUGAGGGUGCAGAGAUUGACGGAAAAUUCUACGCCGGAGGAACCGAGGUUGCUGUCAAUGGAUGGGCGCUACACCGUGACAAGACCGUGUUUGGAGACGACGUUGACGAAUUCCGCCCGGAAAGGUGGUUUGAACGCGACGCUAAGUUCAUGAGCAGCCAUUUGUAUCAGUUUGGCGGCGGUAGCCAUCUCUGCAUUGGGCGUAACCUCGCAUUGUUCGAAAUGAAUAAGGUCUUGGUUCAGAUCUUGAGAGCAUUUGAUAUCAAGCUGGUAUACCCCGGUCGACCUUUGAAAUAUCACUCGACUUUCUUUGUUGUGCAGGAAGGCCUGGAUGUGUAUCUGGAGAGACGAAGCGAAGCAUAG